AUGCAAUUUCGAUCAAUCAUCUCAGUUUUCAUCGUAGCAUGUCUAAUUAUUGUAAUCUUCGUUGGCAAUGUAGCUGAAAGUGGAAACAUUCUUGAUAAUUCAAAUAAGCAAAAUUUCUUUGUUCAACGUUUGAGACGUACAGUACGUAAUACAAAUCAACGUUAUAGAAGACAAUUUGAUAAUGAUGAUAGCAAUAUAUAUGAUACUGAUAGCAGUGGAUCUAACAUUGAUGAUGGAAGUAAUUCUAUAAAUGCUGGAUCUCCAAAACAACAAAAUAAUGAUCAAGGCAAAUAUUCAAUGGAAGUUAAUUAG